AUGGCCCCGAUCCUCGAGGUGUACACGCUGGACGAGCUCGAGCAGAUCCAGGUCGGCGUGCCCCGGGCCAUGCUGCUCCUCAUGAUCUCGUACUUUGCCGUCUUUCUCAUGGCGCUCGGUGUCUACCUCGGCAUCGCGUGGUACGAGCGCAAGCGCCAGAAAGGCGCGGACGAGCUGGACCUCGAAGACGCGCGCGAGUCGAUCAUCAUGCCCUUCCACAAGCCGCUCAUCCUCUUGGUCAUGGGCGUCUCGCUGAGCAUGGGCAUCACGGUCGGCCUCGCGCCUGUCCCGACGAGCUUGACGGAAGGCGAGCUCCUCUACGCGAUGCGCAACUUUAGCGUCAACGUGGUCGUCUGGACGAUGCAGUACCCGGCCGUCUCGCGCAGCACGACGCUCAAGGCGAUCGCGUGGGCGACGCUCUUCAGCCUCGUGCCGAUCCCGAUCAUCUACGCGGUCGAGCAGCACCGGCCGCUCGGCGACGUCUACCUCACGCUGCUCUUCGUACGAGCCGCGACCGCGGGCCACUACGUGUACAACUUGCUCUGGCCGCCGACGUCCCGCGGCGCCGCGUCCUCGAUCCGGUGGUACUCGGGCCUCGGCCUCCUCUACACGCUCCUCGUGAUGGCCUACCAUAUGGCCUUCAAGUACCACUACUUUGCGAUCGGCUACAACUGCGUGUACGCGGCCUCGAGCUUCCUCGUCUUUUCGCCGCUCUUUUUAUACAACAUUUUCCGCGAAGACACCAAGUUUUGGCGCGGCGCCCACGCCGUCUUCCCGCCAUCGCGCGAGUUCCGCCAGAUCGUCGCGCGCUUCAAGAACCUCACGGCGGACGAGGUCGACGCGUACGACGAGGCCGUUCGGCGCAUGAUUGUCGACGCGGCGACGGUCAUUUUGAACUUUGCAUCGCUGGAGUUCAAGGUACCGCAUAGCGUCGAGGGUGUUGGGCGCACGGCGACGGUCGCCUCGGGCUUGCUCCAUGGGUACGAAAACAUGGAGCCGCAGCGUGUCGCGAUCAAGACGUUCAACCCCGAGCUCUUUCUCGCUGACGAGGUCGCCAAGGUCGCGCUGGAGACGUCGAUCGCGACGCUGCCCACGAUGCGCAACAAGUACAUUGUGCAUGGUUUUGGCCUAGCGGUGCAUCCGCCUGCGCUCUGCCUCGUCAGCGACCUCUGCGAGAUGUCGCUGGCGUCGCAUUUGCGAGCAAAAGGGCUUGGCCUUUCGCUGCGCGUUCGCCUCACUUACAUGCUCCACUGCGCCAAAGGCGUCGGGUGGACGCACGCCAACAUGGUGCUGCAUCGCGACGUGCGCCCGGCCAACUUUUUCGUCCAAACGCUCUUUGAGACGCAGGACCUGCAGAAGAUCAUCAAGCUUUCUGAUUUUGGCGACGCGAUCUUCGAGGUGACUGAGUGA